AUGCCUUGCAGGACAAAUAAAUUACAGGGUGCGAAAUGGGUAGCUGAAAUUUUACAUGGACACCCAGAUAGAUGCUACGAGACUUUUAGGAUGAAGAAAAAGAUUUUUCGAGACCUAUGUUAUCAACUGAGGGAUAAGUACAUGUUACGAACAAGUAACUACGUUCAAAUACCGAAAAUGGUUGGGAUGUUCCUCUUCACACUGGGCCACUGUGCAGGGAAUAGAUUGGUGCACGAAUGUUUUAAGCAUUCUGGAGAAACAGUUAGCAGGAUGUUCCAUGAGGAGAACCAGUUUGACGAAGUCCUAGUUAAGAUUAGGGGUGACCCAAAAUAUAGCCCCUUUCAAAAUUGUGUUGGUGCCAUCGAGGGAACACAUAUCCCAGCUGUGAUUCCUAAACCUGACAGAGGUCGAUUCAUUGGGAGGAAAGGCACAACGACCCAGAAUGUAAUAGCAGCGUGUGACUUUGAUAUGCUGUACAUAUUUGUGUCAGCUGGAUGGGAGGGAUCAGCACAUGAUGCACGUGUGUUCCAAGAUGCAAUUUCAACACCGGAAUUACGAUUUCCAAUGCCACCUCGAGGAAAGUAUUAUCUGGUUGAUGCGGGGUAUCCUAAUAGGACCGGUUUUCUUGCACCCUAUAAAGGUGAGAGGUACCAUUUAUCUCAGUUUGAAAAUGGUCGCCGAGCAACAGGUCCUCGUGAGGUGUUCAAUCACACGCACUCGUCACUCCGAAGUGUAAUUGAAAAAAUUUUUGGGGUUACCAAAAAUAGGUUUCCUAUAUUGAGGAAGAUGUCAUCUUACCCCUAUGAAACCCAGGUUCAAAUUGUAAUUGCGUGCAUGACACUUCACAACUUCAUUCGAUUGAGGGUGACGAAUGAUGAAGAAUUUACAGAAACGGAUGAAGGGGCAAGUAGUUCAUCUCAAGAACCAACUACUGAAGAUGCUGUUAUUGGUGUUGAUGAUUUAAGUGAUGACAGGACCAUGUCCUCUAUUCGGGAUAAGAUUGCAGAUAAACUUGUGCGUAGGAGGCAGAGGUAG